AUGUUUCAUAUAACCAUUCACAUUCUCCUCCCCAUUCUCUUUCUCAUAUUCAUUCUCAUUCUCAUUCUCAUUCUCAUUCUCAUUCCCAUUCCCAUUUUCAAAGUUCCAAUUGUUCACACUCUCAGAACUCUAAUGGCUCUCAUUCUUACCAUUCUCAUCACCCACAUUCUCAUUCUCAUCAAUUUACUCAAAUGUCAGGAAGCUGCUAUUUGUCACAACCUUGAAAAAGCUGUCUGUCUCAAUCGCAUAAAACCAUGCCCUUCGCAAGCUAUCUUUCCUCAACUCCCAUAUGAGGCUACACAUCACCAAAAUCAUUCUCAUAUCCAUUACAAUCAUAAACCUUCCUCAUUGGCAGAAAGAACUCUAACAUCAAUCGAAAAUCUUGAUGUCAAAUCUCCUCAUUCUCCUUUGCCAAGCUCAAAUCAUUCAAAUAAUAUCUCUCAAGUGUUGACUGAACUUUCCUCAUCCUCUUCUCUUCAGCCUCGAUAUAGCUCCAGUCGCAUACAACAGCAACCUCCUCCUCUUAAAAAAAUUCGUCUUCCUGAUACUGAAUUACCUUUUAAAUCUGCAUCAUUUCCCGCUACUAUCAACAAAGAACAGAAAACAGGGGGGUCUCAGCAAUAUUCUAAGUUUCUCAGUCCCGAUCAAUCCUCAAAUCCACAGGCCAUUGGAACUGAAUCAAACACUCGUAAACGCUCUGCAGAUGAGAUUUUUGAAAAGCCUAAACAAGACGAACCUGUCAAUUUCUACUGUCAUUGGGGUGAUGGUUGCGAUACAGCAAAGUUUUCUACUGAAAUUGAUCUUGACUUGCAUUUACGUUCGCAACACUUGAAACCAUUUGAGCAAAAUUCUUUAAAUCAGAAUCUUCCUCCUCUUCCUCCUCCUCCUACAUCAUCAAUCACAAGUUUUCCGAAGCCUAGUACUAAGGAUACUGCAGCUAUUGACAAUAAAUUUGUGGUCUGCAACUGGGACUCUUGUAAUCUGGAACUUUCUGAGUUUGAUAGCCUUCUUGAUCAUAUAAAAAAGGAUCAUGGGCAAUCUUACUCACGCUUUCCCCAUAGUGAGUGCAACCAUAAUCAUGUCGAGAAUAAAAAUAAUGAAAAACCUCUUCAGUGUUUGUGGCAAAGUUGCUCCUUCAAUACCGGCAAUUUUGACCUUUUUGACUCCCACCUCAGCACUCAUAUUAACCCUGCUGUAACAUUAAACGAUACUGAUGCAUGUACCCUUUCGAACUGCUCUGACGAAACUCACCAGCAUGCACUCAAAAAUGGAGUUACAAUGUUUCAGUGUGAAUGGAAUUCCUGUAACUUCAAGGCCGAAAACUUUAACGACUUUACUAGCCAUGUUCGUCAAAAUCAUGUUUUAAGUACCUUGGAGGCUGCUGGAACUGGUAUGGAUACUACUACUAAUAGUACUAAUAGUACUAAUAGUACUACCAACAAAAGCAAGCCCCCCUUUCCACUUUAUCCAAUACCUGCAUCUGGACUAACAGAGUCCCACCCUAUCGAUGUUACAUCCUGCACUGAGAAUACAAAAGACAAGUCGUAUUUUGAGGACAAUGUUACUGCCGAUCAUGCUGAAGCGAUUGCACAUGUAAAGUCUGAGUUUCGACGCAAGCUCAAUUUCCGGAGACCUUGUUCCGAUACAGAUGAAGACAAUAACGGACCGCCUGUGUGCAGAUGGCUCUGUGAAGACCCUGAAACGGGCCAAACGCAUGAAUGCGGUGAGACUUUUGCGGACCCGGCGGCAUUAACUGCCCAUGUAUCUGAGGUUCAUGUCGGAUUUCGCAAGAGCCAGUAUGUGUGCCAAUGGGCUGGAUGUUCACGGCACUCACGACCCUUUGCACAACGCCAAAAGAUGACGCGCCAUAUGCAAACGCACACAAAAAACAAGCCAUAUCGGUGUAACAUUUGUGGCAAUUGUUUUGCAGAAGAUGCAGUGCUACGCCAACAUAUGCGUAUUCAUUCAGGCGAAAAGCCAUUUGAGUGUAAAGUAUGUGGAAAGAAGUUCACGGCAUCUACCGCACUUUCGGUUCACUUGCGCACGCACACUGGCGAAAAACCACUUAUGUGCAAAUGGCCCGGGUGCGGUAAGCGUUUUUCAGAAUCGUCAAACCUCACAAAGCACAUGAAAACUCAUAUGGCAGACCGACCGUUUGCUUGUUCGGUUGAGGGUUGUGGGAAACGAUUUGGUAGAAAUGACCAGCUACAACGUCACCUCAAAACACACGAGAAACGUUUAAAAAAGGAGUUGGCUUCAGCCGCUGCGCCGCACUCUGACUCUCUGUAA